CCUCAAGCUCAUGACCCAAGUCAUCAAGAGGCAGACAUUUCACCGACUGAGCCACCCAGGUGCCCCAAGAGACCCAUUUUAUAGGUGAGCAGACUGAGCAGUACAAAGAAGUGACUCACUCAAAAUCACACAGCUAGUUAGCACGCUGAGACAAGCCCUCGUCCAGUCUGAACCCGAAGCGUGAGCUUUUCCAGCUACGCUACAACAGACCUCAAAAGGGGGAAAUUUUCUGGCUAAUGUGAAAUACAGAGAAGAAGCUCUCUGGGCUCGGACCUAGUUUGCGGAGACAUGGCUAAACGCACCUAGAAGGUCGGAAGCCUCGGUAAAUAGGGGACCCGUCAUGGCGCCUCCCACAGGAAAAUGGCGAGAGAGAUUGAAAUAAGCCAGCACACUGAGUACACUUGCUCCUUCUGUGGCACCACCAAGAUGGAAGACGAGCUGUGGGGAUCUGGCUGUGGUUCCUGCAUGAGAACGGUGGCCUGUGGCUCCUGGCCCUACAACACUGCGUGUUCCGUUACCGUAAAGUCAGCCAUCAGACUGAAGGACUUGAAAGACCAGUAGAAACCCCACCAUUUGAAACGUUGCUAGCCUAUAAUAAAUGGGUUAACUUAUGUAACAAAA